AUGUUGUUGAUUAUUGUCGCAUGUUUCAAAGCCGUGAACGCCCUUCCCAGCAGACACUUCAUGUACCUUGCUGGUGAUUUCAACACCGAUUUGCUUCAGGAGCAUCCUUAUGUUGGAGUGACACACACCCACAAGGGCAAAGAACGUGCGGUUGCCCAAGAUCAGCACAUUUUUCAAAAUCUCCUUCGGACACAUGGCUUGCGAGCACUCAAUUCGUGGGACAAUCAAAGCACUUAUGUCGACCCACAUGGUCCUGCCUCUAGGGUGGACUUUGUCCUUGCGAGAACCAUGCAGGCCACGGGUUGUCCCGUCACCGUUCAGCCACAGAUCCAUUUUGCAUCCUGGCGCUCCGGAGCCAGGCAUAUGCCUCUUUUGGGUAUGAUUGACUUGAAGGCCUGGUGUCGCUUCCGGGAUCGUACUCCAGCCAAGCUUGCCAUUGAUCAGGAUGCUUUGUGCCGGGCCUGUCGCCCCGGCCCUGAGCUUGAGAUACUUCGCCAGGCCUUUGCUGCCAAGCAACACCUUUUUACAGCUGAUUUGCUACCCUCCCAAGCGGAGGCUGAGCUUCGCAACAUCUGUGUCAAGGCUUUUCCUUUGCAGCGAAAUCGAACCAUUGCUCUGCAGUGGCAAAACCCGGAGGUUGGUCAGGAUUUGUCUCUCACUUGGCAACUGCGUCGCAGCCUCAAGCAGCAAGCCGCCUUUUGGCCGCAUCUGUCGUCUACGUUUAGAGCAUGGAGGUUGCAUGUACAGCUAAGCCGAAGAGUCAAAGAACUGAAACGCAACAGCCGUCGUAGGCGACGCGAACAUUGGCAAGCACAGCUUUCGGAGGCGGAGCAAGCAAGCAAAGCUGGCAACCCGCUGAAAUUCUUUCAAGUUGUGCAGAGGCUGGCACCCAAGCGAGCACAUGCACGAGUUCAGAUCCGUGAUCCCAAGGGUCAGAUCCUCACUCCAGCCUUGGAAGACAAAGCCCUUGCAGACUACUGGCAAGGUAUCUACUCCAGCACCAGUCUGCCUUAUCAGGCUGUUUGUCUUCGUGAGUCACUCCUUGUUACCCAGCAGGAGCUCCAUGAUGCUCUCCGAGGCCUAAAACAACGAAAAGCUGUAGCCAAAGAUUUGGCUCCGGCUGCUGUCUGGAAGGCCCUUGCCUCUCCUCUGUCUUGCUAUCUGAAUGCCGUGCUGAGCAAAAUCUGGCAGCCUGGUCCGCUUCACAUUCCAUCUGUUUGGGCAAGGUCGGAUCUACAUUUUCUCUUGAAGCCUCAAAAAGUCACGCGACGGCCGCAGGAUUUGCGCCCAAUUGCCCUCCAAUCGGCGGCGGCAAAGGCAGUCCUGACAGUCUUUAAGCAACGCUUGCAGCCCAGCUUCUUGGAGGCUAUGCGCACCCUCCCUCAGUAUGCCUACGUGAUGGGAAGGUCCACUCACGAGGCUAUCUCGCGGGUAGCGGCACAUUGCAAGGAAGUCCGUGACUUGCUCAGGUCUCAAAGCUUGACGGUUUUCGAUCGAUUUGAAGGUGCACGUUACACCCCGUGUAUUGGUGGGGCCCAACUUGGGCUCGAUCUGUCGAAAGCUUUCGACCUUUUGCCCCGAAGGACCUUGCAGCUUUUGCUGCAAGACACAGACCUUUCUCUUGAAGAACAGCAGGUUCUACUUGAAUGGCAUCAGGCCGGCAAGUAUAGGAUACAUAGCAAGGGCAACGAGCAUCCGGUCUUUGUUCGGCUUGAAUGUGGGGUUAGGCAGGGAUGCGUGUUGUCUCCUUUCUUGUGGGGGUUGUUCACAAAGCACAUUCAAAAACGCCUUGAUGAGGCCAACGGCCCAGGAUGGACUGCCCGGCGUGGCACUCUCUUUGCGGAUGAUAUGCAUUUUAAAUGGGUUUUCCGCACAGAGGCUGAAUUGCAUAGCAUCCGUCUUGAGGUUCUCAACAUCUUUCGCAUACUGCGUGAGCUUGGAAUGCAGGCCAACCCCGAUAAAAGUACCUUUAUCAUAGGUGCCAGAGGACAGCAAGCGCGAAAGUGGGUGAAACGCUGGGUCCGCAAGGACUCCGACGGUCGCAAGCAGUUCCAUUUUGGAGGUGCCAAACAAGAUAGAGUCCCAGUGGCCAGUCAGCUUACCUAUCUUGGAGUUGUUCUCUCUUAUCGGAAUUUCGAGUUGGCGACUGCUAACCAUAGGAUAGGGGUAGCCGCAGGCCAUCGUGAUCGGCUCCGCCGAAUUUUGCAUGCCAGACGUGUGCUCAGUGUGGGGCAUCGCCUCCGACUGUGGCGCAUUAUGGUGCAGACGUCGCAGUUAUAUGCUGUUGAAGCUGUUGGCCUGACCGCUGAGACGGCCAAGCUCCUUCACAUCCAGACUAUGCGGCAUAUGCGAGCGAAUAUUGGCUCUGCCAGGCACGUGGAUGGGGAUUCGGAUCAGCUUUUCAUGCUUAAGCAUAGCAUUCCUGAUUGUGUAGAGCUGGUUAAGACAAAGUGUGACGCUUUUUGCCAACGAUUGGCACGAACUGAGCUUGAGAUCCCAUGCUUUGGUGCCGAGGGCAUUUUGCAAUGGGCACAGUUUGUGCGGGACUCACUGCCGCCACCCUACAUUGCCAAGCCUCGGUCUCAGCCGACUCCUGCAUCUUCAGCCUCUGUACCCACCCCCGUCCCUGAGGAUUCGGCACCCAGUGCUCACCCCAAGCCUGUACCAUUGCCUCCGCUGUCCAGUGAGCGUGCUGUUGCUGGUGCAGUCGUUGCUUCUGCACCCUCUGCUCCUACAAUGGCCCCGUCCUCGGGACCACCAGCACCCUCUAAGCCCGAGAACGGCUUCUCUUGCGCGAUCUGUGAUCAGGUCUUCUCUAACCUACACGAUCUCAAGACACAUGAGGGCAAGGCCCACAAGAAGGUCCGGGAUAAAAUUGCCCAAGUUCAGCACACUGAGCAUGGCUACAACGGCUUUCCCAUAUGCAGGCACUGUGGUGACAAAUUCUCCAAAUGGAGUGCGCUUACAAGGCAUGUUACCAGGCAGGGCUGCCCUGCCCUUGAACGUGGUGAGCCGGAAGCAUAUGCAAAGUCGCAGGCUGAGGCUAUGGUGACGCCCCACGUGCAAAGGCCACACAUUAUGCAAGCCAUACGUGAAAAUGGCUGGGAAUCGCUCUUGACCAAUGCUGAUCUGUGUGUCGACCUCAAGCAACGGUGUGCCUUGUGCUAUCAAUGGGUCGUCUCGCGGAAUGGAGUUAGGAAACACCUUCGCCUUAAACACCCUGAGCACUUUCUCCUUCACGAAACUGCUAUCAGCCAACAGACUGCUCUGUGGAAGUCCUUCAUAGCCUCGCCGUGUCAAGCUUGCGGCACCCACAUUGUGGAUCGUCGCCAACAUGCAGGCAGCUGUCUUGUUCUUCUGCAAUUGAUGCUCAUGUCGUGCAUGUUGGUUGGACAUUGCAAAUCCAGCAAAGCUCCGGCAGGAUCCAGUGCUUCAAGAGAAGCAGCUGUGGGGGCAUCUUCUGCCCUCCCUGGAGGAGGCGGUUCAGGAUUGGCCAAUGAAUCACGACGACAGCAAAGGGGACAAGCCAUCGGAGGCAAAGAUGCAAGCAAGAUGGAACUGAAGGAGGCGGUUCAGCUUAUGGCGGCCAUGACUCUGCAGCUAGUGGAUCAGGCGAGCAGGGUUCAGCUGGACACAAGCUUUCUACUUACCUUGAAGAACGAGCCGGGUCCGGAAAACCUGUUACCCAUCAUGUACAAGGUGUGGAAAGCCUGGAAAACCAUGCAAGAACAGGAGCCAAGCAAGCUGGACAAACCUCUUCGUUGCAGUAUGAUGAUCUCCAUGCUUCUGGAAAUCAAGGCCAGAGCCAAAAAGCUACUGGACGACUCCGAGCAGCAGGAACGCAUGAAGGCUCUCGAGUGGAUCGACUCCGAGGGUCGAUGGGUCUAUCGCAAAUGGUCUCCAACUCAGGAGGCUCUGUACCUCGAUCAGUCCAGGAAGCCGAUUCCUCAAACAGCAUUCAUCGAGCAGCUGGAUCAGGCCAUGACUUUGCUUGUACGUCCGGAAAACAUGCCGAGAUUUCAGUCGAGGGAACUGGCCCCGGAGAUGAAGGGCUACGCGGUGACCUUUCAUGUGGACAUCGGGCUCCGCUCGGAAGCAGAGCCUCUGUGGCAGAUUUUCAACACAUGGGUGGACCUCCAGGCCUGGGUGUUGGGGGCGGUGAGAAUUCGGCCCCAUCGGCUGAAGCGACCGCCCGCGGCCGAUCGUCUAUCGCCUUCACCUCUGUCUGCUGCUGCCGCAGGUGCCAAUCCUUUCCUGAAAGCGCUUGCAGCACUACAAGGCUUAAGCUUCUCUCGUGAUUAUGGCCUCUUCAACAUGCUCUCUUGGAGGUCGCUGUUUACGGGGUGGAGCAGGCCGAAUCAACAGCAUGAUGCGACGGAAUUCCUUCUUCAUCUGCUGCGCCAGGGGUCUGAUGCUCCUUGGGUGAGCCGCUGGCUGGCUGGUACACAACUAGGCGACCGCUUCGAGGUUGAGGAUUCGGGCUCCAAUGUCAUCUUGAUGCCUAUUGCAGGUGCUGGCGAUGCUACAAGGUACACUCUCCAAGAGUGUGUCCAAGCCUGGCAUAUGCAGCCUUCGCAACUCUGGGAAGGAAAAACAAGUCUUUAUUGCCUCAGUGAGUUCGAAACUCAUGUGUGCAUUGUGUUGCAACGCUUCCACGUUGGUGCUACCACGAUCAGCAAGUGCCACACUCCGGUGCAGGUGGAUUCUACAUGUGAGUUGCCGGUGUAUCGUGCUGGAGCUGUUAUGUGGCAGCCCUUUCAUGUAUGUGCAGUGACUUAUCACAUUGGCGAGUUGCCGACCAGCGGUCACUACAGAAGCAUUCUUUACUUGAAUGAUGGGCUGCAGCUUGCAACUGAAGACAAAGUGAAAGCUAAGAAACUGAGUGCGAAGGAUCGUAGCUUAGGCAGUGCUGGUGCUUACAUUGUGUACUUGUCCUCAAAUCCUUGUUUGUUGCUUUUGCAUUGCAUCGUACUCGUGUGUUUCACUGACGGCUCGCUGACACUCGUGUCGGGGCGCCAUGCUGGCACUCGUGCCGAUGGCUGA